AUGUCCCAGGGUACCCUCUACGUUGACGAGAAGAUUCGUGGUGUUCUUCCAAAGGCCAUCAUUAAGGCUUACAACCUUGACGUCAAGGUUGCUGCCCCAGAUGCUGCUUUCGAGAAGACCUUCCCCCUCAAGAAGAUCCCAGCUUUCGUUGGUCCAAAGGGCCUCAAGUUGACUGAGAUCAUUGCUGUUUCCCUUUACCUCCUCAACAUUGCUGACCCAGAGACCAAGUUGUUGGGUAAGAACGCUACUCAGUACGCUGAGAUCUUGAGAUGGUUGUCUUUGUCCAACUCCGAGAUCCUUCCAACCAUUGCCGGUGCUUUCGGCCCAAUCAUUGGUAGAGUUCCAUACAACAAGAAGCAGGUUGACGAGGCCAAUGCCUACCUCGAGAAGCUCAACGCUGUUGUUGAGGCUAGAUUGGCUGAGUUCACCUACUUGGUUGGCGAGAGAAUCACUUUGGCCGACUACUUCGUUGCUGCUCAGUACGUCAGAGGUUUCAACUACUUGUUCGGUGCUCAGUGGAGAAAGCAGCACCCAGCCAUCACCAGAUGGUUCAAGACCAUCGUUGCCCAGCCAUUCUUGAAGGAUGUUCUUGGCGAUGUUGAGUUCACUGAGAAGCCAGUCGAGUACACUCCUCCAAAGAAGGAAAAGAAGGCUGCUGCUCCAGCUGCUAAGAAGGAGAAGCCAGCUGCCGCUCCAGCCGAGCCAGCUCAGCAGGCUCCUAAGCCAAAGCACCCAUUGGAGGCUUUGGGCAAGCCAUCUUUCCCCCUUGACGAGUGGAAGAGAUUCUACUCUAACGAGGAGACCAGAGAGACUGCCAUUCCAUUUUUCUGGGACAAGGUCUACAACCCUGAGGAGUGGUCCUUGUGGAAGGUUGACUACAAGUACAACGACGAGUUGACCUUGACCUUCAUGUCCAACAACUUGGUUGGUGGUUUCUUCGCCAGAUUGACCGCUUCCACCAAGUACAUCUUCGGUUGCAUGGUUGUGUACGGUGAGGACAACGACAACGGUAUCACCGGUUUCUUCUUGGUCAGAGGCCAGGAGCACGAGCCAGCUUUCGAUGUCGCUCCAGACUGGGAGUCUUACUCUUUCACCAAGUUGGAUGCUUCCAACGAGGAGGACAAGAAGUUCGUCAACAACAUGUUGGCUUGGGACGAGCCAGUUGACGUUAACGGCACCAAGAGAGAGAUUGCCGACGGUAAGGUUUGCAAAUAA